AUGCGAAACUUUGUUAUUGUUCAAAACACCAUGAAAUUUAAGACUACGUCGCACGCAUACAAGUUAAAUUUUACAAAAACAACGCAAGUAAUUGAGGUGCACGAUGUAACCGUUCCUGCUACUAUAUUCGCUUUCAGAGCAUUUAAUGAUAUAUUGAGCGAAGAAAACGUGGAUGAAACACGGCUCUUUGAUCGAGGUUGGUGGUAUCUAAGUUGUAAGAAAUGUGCAAAAAAAGUUAAAGAAAAUGGAAACCGCUUCUAUUGGGAGAAGUGUGAAAGGUUCGACACGUCAGGCAAUCCUAGGUUUAAGAUACGGGUUAGGAUUGUUGAUGGAACGGAAAGUGCAAGUUUUCUUUUGUGGGAUCGUGAGUGCCUGCAACUGAUUGGGAAAUCUACCAGCGAGCUAAGGGAUUGUUUGGCACGAGAUGGUGCUGAGGAUUACUAUCCAGGCGAGGUAGAGACCUUGGUGAAUAUGAGGCUAUUGUUCAAGGUUCAGAUAAGAGAUCAGAAUUUAUCUCGAACUGAUGAUUUGUACACUGAACCUGACUUGCUGUCAAAAUUGGAAAAGACUAUUGAUGCUGAUUCCAAGGGGUCUGUUUCAGACAAUGAGGUUAGCACGCCGGUAAAGACUCCAGCGAAACGUACUCAUCCCUCUACGUGCGAUGAUGUGAGUAGCAUUGUUCCAAACGAAGACAAGGGUUCGUCCACGCAGUUGUCAAGCAAUAAGCUUCGCAAGUUCGUGAAAGUUGAAAAGGACUAG